AUGUCACCAGACCAACAGAUGAAGCAACAACAAGAGAAGAAAUCUCGAGAUUCGGCCAUGCUCCAAAUUUGGCUGAACGAGCCGGAAGACGUCGUCUCUUCGACCGAUACAUGGUCAAGUCAACGAGCCGGAAGACGUCGUCUCUUCGACCGAUACAUGGUCAAGUCAACGAGCCCUAACCAAACCGAGACGCAUUCUCGAACUCGACCAACCCAAGCGACCAAAGAUCAAGGAAACAGACAUAGCACCGGCUGCAUAAUGCGAAAGGGUAGUCCAAUGUCGAAGAAGGUAGCUUGUCAAUUGAGGACCUAG